UAUGAAAAUACUAGUGUGAGUUUCAGUAUGUGUAUCUUCCUUUUGGUUAUCACAAAAGGACGACUACAACUCCAUCCCAAAACUCCCUUUUGGUGAAUACAUUUGGAUAUUUUUAUCACAUUGAGAGUUGAGGUUUUUGGAGAUCUGAGAGUGAAUAUGUUGCAGCAUUUGUCUAUCAUAGCAAAUAGUGGCUUUGUUUCGCCUAUAUCCUUUGGUAGUAUAGAGCAUAGUACUCUACAAACAGGUCCCUUGAAGCGGUUGUGCAAAAACCUUGGUUGUUGUCAGUUUGUUCCGAAACGGACAUCGUGUCCUUCCUUGUCAAGGACUCGUGUUCCAAAUUGUAAAUACUUCAAGACUUUGUUGGAAGCCAAACUCCGUGUAGCAGUAGUGGGUGGUGGUCCCGGCGGAUCUUCAGCUGCAGAGUCACUUGCAAGAGCUGGAAUAGAAACAUUUAUAUUCGAAAGGAAGUUUGAUAAUGCCAAACCUUGUGGUGGUGCCAUACCUUUGUGUAUGAUUGAAGAGUUUAGUUUGCCUUUGGAUAUCGUUGACAGAAAAGUACGUCGUAUGAAAAUGAUAUCUCCAUCCAAUAGAGAAGUGGAUAUUGGGAAGACUUUGAAACCACAUGAAUACAUUGGAAUGACCAGAAGAGAAGUUUUGGACAGUUUUCUUCGAGAAAGAGCUAUCCAACUUGGAGCACAACCCAUUCAUGGUUUGGUUACAGAUAUUAUAUUACCUAAAACAGAUCGAGAACCUUAUAUCAUAUGUUAUAGUGACUUUUCUGAAAAAGGAAAUGGAAUAGGAAAGCCUAAUACAUUACAAGUAGAUAUGAUUAUUGGAGCCGAUGGUGCCAACUCACGAGUUGCAAAAGUAAUCGAUGCUGGCGAUUAUAAUUAUGCAAUUGCAUUUCAAGAAAGAAUACGAUUGCCUCCAGAGAAGAUGGCUUAUUAUGAGGAACUUGCAGAGAUGUAUGUUGGAGAUGAUGUUUCACCCGACUUUUAUGCUUGGGUUUUUCCCAAAUAUGAUCAUGUUGGAGUAGGAACCGGAACAGUUCUUGAUCGACCAUCUAUUAAAAAGUAUCAAGCUGCUAUACGUAGAAGAGCAGCAUCGAAACUCAAUGGCGGUCAUAUCAUUAAAGUGGAAGCACAUCCUAUUCCUGAACAUCCUCGACCACGAAGAGUAGUUGGAAGAGUUGCCCUAGUUGGUGAUGCUGCAGGUUAUGUAACGAAAUGUUCCGGUGAAGGUAUUUAUUUUGCUGCCAAAUCCGGACGUAUGUGUGCAGAGGCAAUAGCAGAAAUUUCUCAACAAGGAGAACGAAUUCCUUCCGAAUCAGAACUGAAGAAGACUUAUCUGAAGAGAUGGGAUCAAAAAUAUUGGUCAACUUAUAAAGUAUUGGAUGUAUUGCAAGCAGUCUUUUAUCGCAAUAAUAUUGCUCGGGAAGCAUUUGUGGAACUUUGUGAAGAUGAAUAUGUGCAGCAGAUGACUUUUGAUUCUUAUCUUUAUAAGACCGUUGCCAAAGGAAAUCCUCUUCAAGACGUAAGACUAUUGUUUCAUACUUUGGGAGCCUUUGCUCGAGCACCAGCUUUGGCACCUUGAAACAAACAAAAUAAAAAUGUGGUUUGUCUG